AAUCUUUUAAUGGCAUCUAGUUCAAUGGCUUCCCAUAACUCCGGGUCAUGGACUGUUAAGCAAAACAAAGACUUCGAGAAAGCUUUAGCUGUUCACGACAAAGACACCCCCGAUCGUUGGAACAAUGUUGCUAGAGCCGUGGGUGGUAAAACACCUGACGAAGUGAAAAGACACUAUCAAGUCCUUAUGGAGGACGUUAGGUAUAUCGAGCAGGGACAUGUCCCAUUCCCAAACUACAGAACCAUCGACGAGAAGAGGAUGAAAAGUCCAAUGUACCAGUGAUUUGCAAGUUGCUACGUACACUUGAGAACUCAAUAAAGAAGCAUUUCCAUUUAACUAAUUAAGGUGGUCGAGGCCGUCAUAAUAUUCUUAAGUAUUUAUGAGAAUUUUUACACCCGAUUCUUCUAUCUAACAAGUUUGCUAAGUUUAAUUGGAAAUCGGCAAUUGAGUCCAUUCGACUUAGUUGUAAGAUUUUUUUAAUGUCUCUGUAACACUCUACAUUACAUUGGUUAUAUGAUUAACAAGAUAGCUUAAUUUCAAUA